GAAUCUCCUUUUCCCUCUCUAGCUCUCCCGUCUUUCUCACGUCAUCCUCCUCAGCCGCCGCCGCCCCGAUUCGGCGAUUCCACCACCACCGCCCUCCCUCGUCGCCUUAAACAAUUACUUUUCCGCGGCGUAUUAUAUAUAGGAGCGGAAGCUUUUGGAGAUGCCUUAUCGUUGGUCUGCCACCCUCCUCUUCGCUACCUCAAUCCCUUGCUUCCUUUACAGCGCCAUCCCCCACCCUGCUUUAUUCCCUCCUCAUCGCUUCCCUUUUCUAUCCUCGACUUUCUCUCUCGCUCCCCCCUGCCCCCAAAGGCCCCUUUUCCUCAUCCCUUUCUCGCCCCGAUGGCUUCCUCCAACUCCAGCUAUCUCUCCCGGCCGCCUCAGUUUCAAGGACAUACAACUCCAUGUGCCGAGAGAAGGUCUUGCUUCAUGAGGUGGCUCUCCAAGCUUUUCAAAGGUUCAGGUUUCAGAGUAUCAAAUGGGCGCCACCCACAUGUAAUGGGGGGAGAGAACCUGUUGCAUAGACCAGUUAAACCAGUGGUAAAUAUUACAUGGUUUCCAAAUUUCUUGUUAACCCAAUUUCUAAUAUAUCUCCAUAUACACGGUUUAUCAAAUUUUAGAAAUAGUUAUUUUGAUUUGAUAAGAUGCCCAUUAUUUCUAUAUGGUUUCAUCAAAUUCUUUUGCACAAGCUCUUACCAGGAUGAUCAAUCCAAAGCUGAAAAUGAAGAUUUGGAUCGUGCUAUUGCACUCUCUCUUGCAGAAGAUGCCAAGAAACCUAAUGCUGCAGGACACAAGGGUCAUGAAAAUGUGGACACAAGGGUCAAAGAUAGCCUGAGCAUGACUUCAUAUCAACCUGUAAAGUUUUUGCCAAGAGGACAGAGAAUUUGUGGAGCCUGUCACUGUGAAAUAGGCUAUGGACAAUACUUAAGUUGCAUGGAAACCUUUUGGCAUCCACAAUGUUUUAGAUGUUGUGCUUGUCAUCAGCUAAUAUGUGAGAGUGAGUUUUCAUUGUCCGGAAUUAAUCCAUACCACAAGUCGUGCUAUAAGGAGUUGCAUCACCCCAAAUGUGACGUCUGCCAUGAAUUUAUCCCAGUAAAUAGGGCUGGUUUAAUUGAGUAUAGAGCUCACCCCUUUUGGGGUCAAAAGUAUUGUCCUACCCAUGAACAUGACCGCACACCUCGAUGUUGUAGUUGCGAGAGAAUGGAGUCACGAAGUACGAGAUACAUCUCUCUGGGUGAAGGCCGUAGCUUGUGCUUGGAAUGUCUUGAUUCUGCUAUCAUGGACACUGGUGAUUGCCAACCUCUCUACCACUCAAUCAGAGAUUAUUAUGAAGGAAUGAACAUGAGGAUAGAUCAACAAAUUCCAAUGCUUUUGGUCGAAAGGCAGGCACUCAAUGAAGCCAUAGAAGGGGAGAAAGAGGGUCAUCAUCACAUGCCUGAAACAAGAGGCUUAUGUCUUUCAGAGGAGCAGACUGUUAGCAGUAUACUCAAAAGACCAAAAAUUGGGGGAAACAAAGUUAAGGACAUGCAGACUUACCCACAAAAGUUGACACGGAAAUGUGAAGUCACUGCAAUUCUCGUUCUAUAUGGCCUUCCUAGACUCUUAACAGGUUCCAUCCUUGCUCAUGAAUUAAUGCACGGUUGGUUACGUCUUAAAGGAUAUCGUAACUUAAGCCCUGUGGUGGAAGAAGGCAUCUGUCAGGUUCUCUCCCAUAUGUGGCUCGAAUCGGAGAUUAUGCCAAGCAUGCCAUCUACAUCCAGCUACGCUUCAUCGUCCUCGUCCUCUUCGAUGCAACCAUCGAAGAAAGGAGCAAAGUCUGAAAUGGAGAAAAAUCUUGGUCGGUUCUUCAUGCACCAAAUCGCGCACGACACCUCCAGUGCCUAUGGAGGGGGCUUUAGAGCUGCCAAUGUGGCUGUUACUAAGUACGGGCUUCGCCGAACGCUCGACCAUAUUCGCUACACCGGAAGAUUCCCUGAGUGAAAAUACUAUCUCCAAGGAGAGAUUGCUGCGAUCCGCUUAUGGAAUGCUUUGGCACACAAGCCCGGAGAGCCAAAAGCAUGAUAUUGCUUUGGUGUCUAACAAAAUAAGCUGCUGUAUCGACGGAAUUGAAGAAAUAAUGUGCAACAAAGUUGUGCAGUUUGGAUUACAAGAUGCUAAACCACCAUUAGCAACAUGUAAAGACUUUGAGAAACAUGUAAAGCUAAAGCACAAUUAUCAACUCAAUUUGUGAGCUUUUCUCCUCCAA